UUAUUAGCACGGACUUGUGGAAACGUCCGGGGAUAAGAUGGAUUCGUAUAUUCUAUUAAUGUGUGUUUUGCAGCUAUUGAAGGUUGUUGGUGGAUCUGGCGAUUCAGAGAUACAGGCAUGUGGCGGAAAAGCGGCAGACAUCAUGUUCGUCCUGGAUACGUCCGGAAGCAUCAACUACAUGGACUUCGAGAAAGAGAUCAAUUUCACCAGAGAUGUCGUUUCCAUCUUCGAUGUCGACUCCGACAAGACGCGUGUGGGCGUUAUCAGCUUCAGUACCAAGGUCAUAGAAGAAAUCGGCCUCGGUGAAAUCAGAAACAAGGAUGCGGUCCUGCAUCAAAUCUCCUCCUCCAACAUUUUCUAUCAAGGCGGGGGAACACACACGGCCGACGCCUUAAAUCUGCUCUGGACCGGUGUUUUUGUCCCGGGAGUCAUGAGACCGGACGUGUCACACAUCGCAAUCGUUCUCACCGACGGAAUGUCGUAUAACAUGGAGAAGACCAAACAAGAAGCAAUGGAGGUCAAAAAAAGGGGGAUAAGCGUGUUUGUUGUUGGAAUAGGUGGCGAUAGGAACGUGGACACUCAGGAACUGACUGACAUUGCUAGCGAACCUACCGAAAACUACAUGUUCCGGAUUGCUAAUUUUGAUGCUCUGAACUCCAUCAAGUCGAAGCUGGCUAACAAAGCAUGCAAACAGGAUCCUGUCACCACUCCGGCCCCCACCCUCCCACCAAUGAUGGACGAUAGCGGGAACAAAGUGUGCAUUCCAAGAGGCCCAGUGAAUGCAGUAUUUGGCUUUGAUAUGUCGGCUAUCGGCACGGAGAACGCUAAAUUUAUCCUCCAGUUCAUCCAUAAAAUGUUUUCUGAGCUUCCGCAGAUGUCACAGCGCAUGACCGUCUCGGUCAUAUCCGGUGGAUGUGGUAUUAAAGAUGGCGGAGGGGAUGCCUUGAUAAACAAGGCACACAGCACAGACGAAAUAGACCGCGGGCUCGAUUUCGUAUCUGUCAGGCCCUUCAACACCAUCAUGAAGAAAACGCGAAUCAAGUUUGAGAGAAAAGCUAUGAAUAAAGUCGGAAUCUUGUUUUUGGACAAAACGCUGCAAGAUUUCGAACUCUCCAAAGCAAAGAGGGAGGCAAAGUAUGCCGCCUUCCAGAGAAUUGACCUCUACGUCAUCGGUGUAGGUGACAGAGUGCUUGGAGGUCAAGCACAAAAUCUGACCACUGGAGGCAAUAACUACUUCCACGUUGACAGAUACGAAAUGCUUGAUGAUGUUAAAGAUAAGAUUUUAUGUGCGAUGUCUUAAACGUUUAGUGACAUCAGUGUAGAAUAUAAUAUUCUGGAUUCGUGUGAAAAAUGACACACUACCACAUUACCAAAUUUAUCAUAAGAGAUUUAAUGGCAGAAUUGUUAAAUAAAACAAAAUGCUUCGAUA